AUGAUUCACAAAUACUGGAACGUCCGACUACAUCAAGGUGGCUCUGUGGACGACCCUCUGGAUUCGGAGGAGAAUGCUACAGAAGAGAUGCGAAAGAUGGUCAAAGAAAGUGAAGAGAGUGUUGAGGAGAAAGUGCUUUGGAUUUGGCGCACGCUUUCGUCAUUCGAAGAGAAGUCAGCAACAUGCAUCUCUGACAUGUUAUUACAUGUCAGCAAUGGUGCCUACGUUGAUGGGGUUAUGACGGCCAAGAAGUUCAUUACCCACGUUGACCUCCUCUUCUCUGCGGCAGACAACCUGGACCAGGUCCUACAAUCUCACACAACGAAGGGUGUGUUUGCUUCCCGUGCCGAGUACACUCCGUAUGCUAACUUCCUUANNGGUCUCUCCUACUCGAGAGAAGCCAAAUUGUUGUGCAAGAAAGUAGUUGCUUUCUUCCAGUUACUCGCCGAAUCUCAGGAAACUGGUGUGAGGCGAUUGGGUGUCACGCAAGAACUUUUAUCCCUUGUCACAGGUUUAGCGCACUAUCUCAAGCUCCUGAUCCGCAUUUGUUUACAGGGCGCUCUGAAACUAGAGCGCGAAACUGGCAGUCACGAGGGCCUGACUAACUUCCUAGACGAGAUCGGUGCUCUUGACGACAGACUCGAUGCCGAAGAUGACAAGGAUCCAAGGAGCGAGACAGAAAACUUUGUGGCACGAUCCGCAGAUAAUUGCGCCAUUUGUGACAAGUCCGUUGAGGAUAAGUGUUUCGUACGCAGGGACAGAAGAUUCCAUGCUCAAUGUCUCACAUGCAGCAAGUGCUCGAAGCACCUCGCUGACGAUCAUGGACUAGCAAGAUGGGAUGAGCCUUCUCAGAAACUUUUCUGUGAUCGUCAUGCUGGAAGCUCGAGCGAGGGCGACUUCAUCUUCGUCACCCGUCUCCAGCAAUAUGUCCAUCUUCUCCGUGUCGCUCAUGCGAGAUUACUUGCCACUUUACGCACAAGCGGUGCGCUGCCGCACACUUCAGGUGUGUCGAGAAAAUAUCUUACACUAGAUGAUAUAAUAACUCACAGAGCCUUUANNGAUGAUCCAAACCUUACAGACUACGAUUCCAACCGGGGACACCGUGUCUCGCCGAAGGGCUCUAUGGACCCACCAUUGCUUAGGUCGAAUACCCGCUCCAAGUCAUAUGCUGGCUCGACAAAGCGUGAGCACUCGCCUUCAUACGAACAGACGCUUGGCGACAUCCGAAGGUUGCGGUCUACACGCAUGGAGAAGAAUAUUUCAACGACAAACCGCAAGGCUCGAACAUCUAGAGUCAUUGAUGGCCCUGAAGGUCUGCACGGUGAUCCAGAAGACAGGUUCGAACGUCGCCAAACUGGCAAUUUCCAGAUUGUAGACGAUGGUGAAGCCGGCGGGUCACGCAUGUCACAACUUCAAUUCGGCAAUCAUGAGUCUAUGACUCUAGAUGAUAUUCCAAGGAUUGUUCAAGCACAGCAAACAAGAGAACAAAGGCCCAAUGCCUCCAAGUUCCAUCGUGGUCCCAUGAUACCUCAGGAGCCAAGACCAAAGCUCGUCAACAACGGUCACACACGACACGUCUCGCUCGGUAACGACGACAAGCAAGCUCUUGUGGAAGGUGGUGCAUUCAAGACAAAGAAGUACUUCUCCGAAUUGUCAGCGCUUGAGUAUUUCAUUGUUCGACAUGUAGCUGUUCUCUCAAUGGAACCUCUGCUGGAUGGCCAUUUCAACCAGGAAGAAUUGCUUGAUCUUAUAGAGACGAAGAGACCCACUUUCUGGGGCAAGUUUGGAAAGGCCUUCAAGCCCGAAGCAGGCAAAAAGCCAAAAGGCAACAAGCGGGGCAUCUUUGGUGUGUCUCUUGAGCAGCUGGUAGAGAAAGACUAUGCCGAGUCAACAGAUGGCAUUGGGCCAGGGGCCCUGCGUAUACCUGUUCUUAUCCAAGACGCCAUAUCCGCGAUGCGGACGAUGGACAUGUCUGUCGAGGGUGUCUUCCGCAAGAACGGUAACAUCAAGAGACUCAACGACGUCAAAGAAGAGAUCGACUCUAAGGAGAUGGUUGACGUUGAUCUCACUAAAGAGAACCCAGUGCAAGUCGCCGCGCUUCUCAAGAAGUUCCUACGAGAGCUUCCAGAUCCCCUUAUGACAUUCAAGCUGCAUAAGUUGUGGAUAACGUCACAAAGUAAGUUUUGCAUGUCAACAACGACCAAAGUCUUGUAA